GAAUUUGAUUGACAGCAGGCAGCAGCAGCUGCUGAACAGCCCAGACAUUGCGCAGGAUACAGUAUAGCUGGGGAACGGCGAGAGAGUUACGGUAGUUUUCCUAGCACUUGAGUUGGUUUAGUGCAUGAAAUAAAUGACUCUUUGGAAAAAGCUCAUGUGUUAGGGCAGGGUUUUUGUCGGAAUAACGCAAAACUGGAUGAAGUUGCCAAACGUAAGUAACCUGGGAAAAUGUAUGGCUGUUUAGUGCAGUCAACAGUAGGCAACAAAUAUGGCUUCGUGUGCCUUUUCCUAUUUGUUCUAAAAAAUUGCGGUCCCAUGCCAUUCUAUGUCAUGGCUGUUCUGCUGAAUUCAUACAAGUGACAAUUAGGAAGUUAGUUCCUUGUUCGCUUAUCGGGCAGGGGGGGUCAUUUUGGAGAAAUAAAGCCAAGGAUACGUUAGCUAACCAGUCUGCUAACGUUAGCUAGUUAGCUACCGAACUAAAGCGAACGGCAAUGGAGCCAAAGCACAAAGAGUUGUUAGACCAAUGCCACCAAAACUUGCUGGACUCAAUAACUGACGCAGACCGGCUGAUAGAGUUGCUGAUACUCUCCGGUACUCUAAGCCAGCUCGACCGCUUCGAACUGGACCAAAACUGCUCUUCCAGCGCGGAGAAAGUGGACCAGCUUUUGAAGAUGCUUGUGAACAAGGAAAGCGACCAUUUCCUCGAACUGUGUGUGGCCUUGGAGAAGACGUACCCUGAGCUGUAUUCUGCAGUCUUUACUAACGGCGGUGGACCCGUUGACCAUUCGUCUGGCUCUACAUACAGUGUUCUCUCCACCAUGCCCUCAGACUCUGAGAGUAGCAGCUCCCUAAGCAGUGUUGGUUCACCCCCCGGUACCGGUAACGGCUCAGCCUCGUCUCCGCCCCCAGCCCUCAACGACAACCGGCCAGCUGGUGACAACCUGCACACCAUCCUGUUCCAGCUGCGCCAGGUGACCCGUGAGAGGGACGAGCUCCGCAAGCGCCUGGCCCUGGCAUCACCCGGCACCACCUUCGACGACUGCAGGCCAAAUUCCAAAGCCAGCCAUGAUUACGAGCGUCUGAAAAACCAGUGUAUGGGGGCCAUGGCAGAUCUCCAGACUCUACAGAACCAACACACCAAGACUCUGAAGAGAUGUGAGGAGGCCGUCAAGGAGGCUGACUUCUACCAUAUGCUCCACAGCCGUGUGUUAGGAGACCAGUCUCAGCUGAAGGAGGAGCUGGAGGUGUUGAGGAGAGACCACGCUCAGCUGGUCAGGGAACACAACCACCUGAAGCAGAGCUGUGAGGAGCUACGCAGGAUGCACAGUGACGGCCAGAAGGAGGUGGCUGACAUGAGGCUGCAGCAGCAAGAGGUGAUGAGAGAGAACGGUUCCUCAGAGGUUCUCAACAAACUGUACGACACAGCCAUGGACAAGCUGGAGGGGGUGAGGAAGGAAUACGAUUCGCUGAGCAAACGCUACGGUGAGAAAGUUGCCAAUCACAACACAGACCUGAGCAGGCUGGAGCAGGCGGAGGAAGAGAACCGACGACUACAGAAACAGAUGGACACGUUGCUGAAACAACGAGACAAGGCCAUACACUACCAACAACAUUGCUCUACGUCCAUGAGGAGGUUUGACUCUGUACAACAGGAGCUGGACAAGUCUUCAGCCCAGAACAAGGUGCUGCAGCGGGAGAUGGAGCGGCUGCAGUCGGAGGUGAUGCGCUGUAAGAACUUCCAGCUGAAGGCAGUAAAGGACUGUGAGAAGUUCAAGGAGGAGAGAGACUCUGUGUUCAACGAGUACAGGCUCAUCAUGAGUGAGAGGGACCAGGUGAUCAAGGAGCUGGAAAAGCUGCAGAUGGCGCUGGAGGCUGCAGAGGCCCGCCUCAAAAACACCUCUUCUGAAAGGAUGGUGGCCAGCGAGGAGACGGAGGCUCUCAGACAGGAGCUGAACUCAUCGUUGGUGGACCGGGACAGAGCAAUCUGUGAGAGGAACGAGCUGUUGGAGAAGUACUGCCACGAGGUGAAGGACAAGGCUGAGGCCCAGAAGGAGUUGAGCCAGGCCUGUAAAGACAUUGAGACGGUCCGGGAGGAGAGAGAUGUGGCCCGCAAGGAGAGGACAGAGGCUAUCAUACAGAAAGAACAGCUACUGAGAGAAUACUACCAGGCUAGACAGAAACAAGAUUCUGCCACCCUGGACAUAGAGCGUGUCAACAAGGAGAUGGAGGUGUUGAGGAAGCAGUACGAAGCCAUGUCCCAGGAGCUGAAGGAGGCCACGCAGGAGGCUGAGGUGGCCAAGUGUCGACGUGACUGGGCCUUCCAGGAGAGAGACAAAAUAGUGGCAGAGAGAGAGAGCAUACGGACGCUGUGUGAUAACCUGCGUAGGGAGAGGGACCGGGCAGUCAGCGAUCUGGCCGACGCCCUGCGUAACCUUGACGACAUGAGGAAGCAGAAGAACGACUCGUCACGGGAACUGAAAGAAUUCAAAGAGAAGAUGGAGAGCCAGCUGGACAAGGAGGCAAGGUUCUGUCAGCUGAUGGCACACAGCUCCCAUGACUCGGCUAUCGACACAGACUCUCUGGAGUGGGAGACUGAGGUGGUGGAGUUUGAGAAGGACAGGGAUGACAUGGAUUUGAAGGCACUUGGGUUUGACAUAGCAGAAGGGGUAAAUGAUCCGUAUUUACCAGGAGAUUGUGGAAUAUUUGUAACAAGAGUUGACAGAGGAAGUAUUGCAGAUGGAAGGUUAAGAGUGAACGAUUGGCUGCUGAAGUUAAAUGAUGUGAAUUUGACCAAUAAGGACAGGAAGCAGGUGGUGAACGCGGUGCUUAAUGGAGGCGGACUGAUCAACAUGGUGGUGCGCAGGAGGAAGUCUCUGGGAGGGAGGCUGGUCACCCCCAUACACAUCAACCUAAUCGGACACAAAGACAGCGGUAUAGGUCUGGAGAGUGGCGUGUUUGUGACGGCCCUGGUCCAGGGGAGUCCUGCUGCCAGGGAGGGAUCUCUGACAGUCGGAGACAGACUUAUCGCUAUCAACGGCAUCGCUCUGGACAACAAGUCGGUGACGGAGUGCGAGACUCUGCUGAGGAACUGUAGGGACUCUCUAAGCCUCUCUCUCAUGAAGUUCUUUCCUCACAGUUCGUCGGGCCAGAGCAUCUUCGAGAGCCUGCGGGAGUCAUCGUCCAACGGCCGUCUCUCCGAGGUACUCUCCAGGAACAGCCUCAAACACAACAGCUCCACGCAGACAGACAUCUUCUGCCCUGACACAGGAGGGGGGGGUAGUAACGUCAACAUCCCUGGAGAGAGGAGGAAGGGUGGGGCAGGUGAACCUGAGGAGGGGAUGGGGGUGUACGGGGACAUCAGGAAGCCCUUUUCCAUGGUGUCUCUCCACUCAACCAGCCUUCGGCCGUCCUCUGACCUCGGUCUGGGUCCCCCGGGCCGCUACGGCCCCAGCGCCUUCCAGGAGUGCUGCUCUGGGUCCCCCUAUGCCAAUGCACCCCCACCCCCCAUCCCCUAUGACCCCUCUAAACCUGCCGACUGCAUCACCAUGGAGACCACCCUGGAGAGGAAGCAAAGUGGUGGCACCUGGCCCAAGGUGAUCGUAGGUGGGAUGUCCAUCGCCGUGGAUACGACCACAGCGAUGACUCCGACCCAACUGUCCAUCUUCAAGUCGCCCAAACAGAGGAAGUCUAUCUUCAACCCGGAUGCCUUCAAACCACGGCCUGAGACGGCGCCCCAGUCUUCCAAGAUGGAGUUCCUGUCGUCCAGUCAGCUGGUGGCCCUCUCCCCGCAGCCCUUCAAGAUAGAGUCUCUCUCCUCCUCCUCUACGGCCACACCCACACCUCCGACUCCACCCACCCGCAAUGAUUCGUUCAAAUUCAAACACAAACAGCAGAGCAGCUCUGCUUCCGACUGCACGCUUACCUCCGACGGGGACAAAGGGGAGGCUGUUGCCAUGGUUAUGGGGGAGAGCAGUGGGGAACGAGAGAGGGACAGGAACGGGAACCACUACUUCCUGGACGGGAAGGUCCUGACACAGAGGAAGUCAUGUGACGAGGACAUUGGUCGAACCCGGGGUGAGGAGCCUGAGGUAAAGAGGCCCCGCCCUAAAUCUGCCCCAGCGCUCAGACGUAGGAUGACCCCCCAGUCCAUCACCCUGCCCUCCUUCCAGAGCUACUCCAAUGGUGAUCACUCUCCAGAGCCCAGAGAGAUGCUUCGCUCCUCCCCCAACCGCUUCCACAGACAGAGUGUGGGCUUCGGCCCCACAGUCUACAACGGUACCUUGUCUGCAAAUUCGGCCCAUCGUGGCCUGGCCCCGUGUCCAGCAGUGACUGCUGUGAUGAGGAACCCAGUAUACACAGUCCGCAGCCACAGAGUCCACACCAACAACUGUCCCUCUGUCUCCUCCCAGAUCUGCCAACACCAGCACAACAACCAACACCACAGUCCGCAGCACCAGGGUCGUCUGAGCCUGGACCUGAGCCAGAAGCGUCCAGCAGCAGACUACUCAUCGUCCUCGUCACGCAGCAGCAACACCUCCCAUGGUACCAACUCACUACCCUCCAGCGCUCGCCUGGGCCUUGGUUGGUCCAGUAACGUCCAGUACCGGACAGAGAGGAUAAAGAUCCCCUCCACUCCCCGCUACCCACGGUCCAUGCUGGGCUCUGACAGAGGCUCCCUGUCCCAUUCAGAGUGCAGCAGCCCCAGCCUCAUCACUCCACCCCACUCACCUCUCAACCUGGAGACUUCCUCCUUCGCUAGCAGCCAAUCACAGAGCUCUAUCUCCACCCUGCCCAGAUUCUCCGUCAGCCCUGUGCCAGUAGGAGAGCAGAGGAAAGACCGGUCUCUGUACCAUAACAGGUCUUUUCUGAGGAUCCCUCUGGCUGCUAGGCCGAGGUUCUCCUCUCUCAGGAGCCUCAGGCCGUACCUGGAGGAACCUCGGAACGUGAUCGUUCACAAAGGGGCGGAGCCUCUGGGCAUCUCUAUCGUCGGUGGCGAGAACGGCGGCAUCUUCGUCUCCAAGGUGACGGGAGGCAGCAUCGCCCACCAGGCCGGCCUGGAGUACGGUGACCAACUCCUCGAGUAUAACGGUAUUAACCUGCGUAAUGCCACAGAGCAGCAGGCCAGGCUGAUCAUUGGUCAGCAGUGUGACACCAUCACCAUUAUGGCUCAAUACAACCCCCACAUGUACCAGCUGGGAAACCCCUCACGAUCCAGUUCUGGUCUGGAGCCGGUGAGCAGCCAGUUCACGCCCCAGGGCAGUGGAGCCACCACCCCAGACAACCAAUCUACUAUAGACACUCUGAGUGAACAGGAUGAAGGAACACUCACCCCCUCCUCCAAACAGACCACCCCUACAACUAGUCCUCACAGCUUCAUCAGGGUGUCGUCAGAGGGCAGUCGUAAGGUGUGUGAGCCGCGGGUGGUGACGGUGCUCAGGGCCCAGGGUGCAGAGCUGGGGCUGGGGCUGUGUGGAGGGAACCUCCGGGGGGUCUAUGUAAAGAGUCUGGAGGAGGACAGCCCUGCUAGGGGACCAGAGGGCCUGCAGCCUGGGGACCUAAUACUGGAGUAUGGGUCAGUGAAUAUGAAGAACAAGACGGUGGAGGAGAUGUAUGUAGAGAUGCUGAAGCCGGCCGAGACAGUCACUCUCAGAGUCCAACAACGACCUGACGACUUCAACAUGGUUAAAGACACACCGGGGGACGGCUUCUAUAUCAGAGCACUUUAUGAGCGGACUGCGGAGGCAGAGCUGGACCUGAGUUUUCAGAAGGAUGACAUCCUGUAUGUGGAUGAUACUCUACCAAUGGGCAGCUUCGGCAGUUGGAUGGUCUGGCAGCUGGAUGAGAACGCACAGCGGAUCCAGAGAGGACAGAUCCCCAGCAAAUACAUGAUGGACCAGGAGUUGUACCGACACAGUAUGACAGAGCUGAAGGAAGACAAGGACAGUAAGAGUCUGUCUGCUGCCGCCAGGAGAUCCUUCUUCAGGAGGAAGCACAAACACAAACGCAGCGGCUCUAAAGACGGCAAGGAACUGGUGGCCCAGGACGCCAUUAGCACAGACUCCAUACCAUUUCUAGAGGACUGUGUGAGCCUGGCGUACCAGCGGGUCCAGAAGGUAGUGUGUGUUUCCUCUAGGCCGGUCGUGAUCCUCGGCCCUCUCUCAGACCCCGUCAAGGACAUGCUGGUUAAAGAGUCCCCCGGGAAGUUCUGCAGAUGUGUCCUGGAGGUGAUGAAGGCAUCCCAGCAGGCUAUAGAGCGCGGAGUCAAAGACUGCCUCUUCAUCGACUACAAACGCAGGAGUGGCCAUUUUGAUGUGACCACCGUGGCCUCCAUCAAGGAGAUCACAGAGAAGGACUGUCACUGUCUGCUAGACAUCGCCCCCCACGCCAUUGAGAGGCUGCACAGCGUUCACAUCUACCCUAUCGUCAUCUUCAUCCGCUACAAAAACGCCAAGCAGAUCAAGGAACAGAAGGAUCCAGUGUAUCUGCGAGACAAGGUUUCUCAAAAACAUUCCAAGGAGCAGUUUGAGGUUGCACAGAAGAUAGAGCAGGAGUAUAGCACAUUCUUUACAGGUAUUGUCCAGGGCGGCUCUCUGCCCUACAUUUGCACUCAGAUCAUAACUAUAGUUGACCAGGAACAGAGUAAGGUCCUGUGGACUCCCCUUGGCUGCCCCUAGAGGGUGGAGGCCACCACUGCACCCUGUUGCACUGCGCCUCUCCCUCUCCACUCACAACAAACACUACAAAACCUUCCACACUAUACCAAUAGGUACACUACAGUAAGCUACUACACAUGUAAGCUAGAUAUUUUUGUUAUUGUUUUUAGGGUGUUGAUUUGUACCUUUUUAACCAGAGCCUUUUCUUCUCUGUGUAAUCUGUAGCAGGUUGGUAGAACUGACAGGGUGUUACACUUCAUUUGGUCUUCCCUACGGGUUUUAAGGUGGUGUUUCUGUAAAGCUGCAUUGUAAGCAGCCUUUUACAGUUAAGAAAUUAGUGUGUAUUGUUGUUAAAUUUUCUGCUGGAAGGUGUUAGACCCCACUGACCCAGAAUCAGCCCUUAAAUCAAACCUGUGUAUCAAAUUACAUCACCCUGUUUUACACACCCCGUUCAAUGACUGACAACUAAUAAUGUGGAAUAAUAAUAACUGUGUGUGCGUAUGAAUCGUGUGUACGAGAGAGAGAGUAAUAUUAUUGAUGAAUUGUAAUGACUGUUGGUUGGAUUGAAACAUGGUCUUUGAUAUUGGUAUGAAGUUGACGCCAUAGAAACGUUAUCUGUAGAACAGACAAACCUCUCCAAGCGAUAUGUCUUAUCGGUCUUCUGUCAAAUGUUUUAUCCAAAAGGCGAUUUUGAAAGUGUCAAAUCAAACAAUAUUUUACAGCUUUCAAUCAUACUAAACUUCGGUGUGCAUCAUGUGUGUAACUGUGUCAAAUUAAAUUGUUUAUAGGAAAGCAAAAGCCAUGAAAAUCACACAUGGCAGUAGCAAAUGGUGUCUGGUCUACUCGUUGCGUUUCUAUGGUUACUGCACGUGAGUGGACAGUUUACGGGCUUAUCGGAAGUGCCUUCCGUCAGAGACAGGCCCCCAUUCCUUACCCUUUCCGAUCUGAUGGAACAGAAUAAGUUGAAGCAAUAUGGCGAUAGGACCUCCCCAUUGGAAGGCUAGCUGGAGCCAUCACCAUGCUGGUCACACCCAUCUGUUACCUUCAGAUCUGCAAACACCAUGAAGUUAACACUAGGGUUGAAAAAUUCCCUGUAGUUCCAGAAAUCCCAGUUGGGGGAUUCCUGGAAUCGGGAGGUGAAUAAGCAGGAAAUCCGUAAACCAAGGAUUUUAUUGAAAGUUCACAGAAUUUUUCAACCCAAGUUAACACUAUAGGUCUGCAAACAAACACUAUAGGUCUGCAAACAAACACUAUAGGUCUGCAAACAAACACUAUAGAGCAGGGCUUCCCAAACUCGGUCCUGGGGUCACCCCAGAGCUUGUUUUGGAAUGAGACUGCACAGAGCGUAUGACAAUGGCAAGGUUGUGAGGGUAGGCCAGACGGUGACCACCUCAGAAUACACUCCAGGUCUAGACAGACCACUGUGUCUCCAUCACAUAUCUAUCUGUCACAUAUUUAAAGACAAUAUAGAGAAUAUAUAUAUGUUUGUGUGAGUGUACAUGCCUCACAGGGGCCUAUGGACUGUAACAGUAUGCAGAUGAAUUAUUCUAUAGUACAUGUAUUUCAACUAGUUCUCAGGCCUGUGGAAGUUCAGUAGUCAUGUCUUAGCAGGUAUUUGCAUGUUUUACUGUUUUUGUCUUUGGUUGUCAUCUUUUUUAAACGUACUCACAAGAAUGACACCAUGGAGCAAAUAUAUAUAUUUUUUUCUUAUUCCUUAAUAAAACCAUUUAAAUGUUAGUGAUAUUUUUUUUCCCAUUGUUAUUUAAUGUAUUUUUGUAUUUUUAUCUAAGAGGCAUAAACACAUUCUCCUGCAUCCUAAUGUGCCAAAAUGUUAUUUCUGUUUUGCACUUGUUAUUCUGUGGACCUUAACAAAUGGUUCCUAGGUUUCCCAGUAGACAUUAUAAAUAAAUAGGUACUAUAUAAUACUUACUAAUUCACAUUUUAAAUGUAUCACAUUAGUUCCAUACAUUUCAUUGAUGGCCUUUUUAUUCUUUAAUCAUCUUGAUUAGAAAACAGACAGAAUGCUCCUCCAUAUUUGCAUUCUUGCUGAAAAAGGGACUUAAUGCACAGUUUUUCAAAGGAAAAUCAGAUCUGAAGUUUGACUAUUGGGCUGUAUGAUAGGCAUAUUAAGUAUAAUUGUAAUGUACAUUUUUUGUAGUAGAGAUGGUUUAAAAUGAGGGAUGCCAUGUGAAAUGGUUGUAUUUCUAAGAGGAAUGACAAGCUGCCAGGUACUGUUCUGUGGUUUUAUUUUUAUUUUCUUUGAAAAAUGUGAUAUGUAUCAAAUGUUAAGACAUGAACAUUAGAAUAAAAGUCAUUUUCUCUAUCGCAA